CGAGCCUGCCCUUUUACCAACCGGCUUCAGUCGAGAUCGCUGCGUCACGCGAGACGCACCGCCGUGCGGCCCCUUUCGUUAUACCACCGAUUUUCCGCCUUACAAAAUCCGCGACCGCUUGAAAACGGACAGUGCUUAGUGAAGUUUAAAAUUUCACAUGAACUUAAUACGGAUCAGUUUCUAUCGCUUAUCGAACUGGGUGAUGUAAAUCUCACUGAACAAAGAAUAUAUGCUGGAUAAAAAUGUCUAACAAACCGCAAAGCCUUUUGGAUAUAUUCCAAGAGAUAUUUGCAGCGUCCGGGAACUCGUCGGACAGUUACAAUGAGACUCAAAUCUUGUCAAUGCUACGUGAGCAGACCAACAGAGGAGGGGCGGGGGAGGAGUUCGAAUCCCUCCUCGUGAAGAUGAUGAAAGAUGCCAAAAGCAAACUGAAUCUGACGUUGAAGCCAGACACGUGCGGUUAUUGCGAGGGGGACUUUAGAGAUGUCAUUACGGUGUACAACAGUAUCCACGGAUACGUAAGCUUACUGGUCUGCACGAUUGGUGUCCUGGCGAAUUCAAUGAACAUUGCGGUGCUGACGCGACGAGAUAUGGCAGCUGCUCCGAUAAACAGGUUGCUGAAGUGGCUAGCCGUUGCAGACGUAUUCGUCAUGAUCGAGUACAUGCCAUUUGUAAUAUACCGACAUUUGGUCCUGCCAGAGAAAUUGGAUUUCCCUUAUUCGUGGGCGAUGUAUUUGUUAUUCCACAUGCACUUCGCCCAAAUAUUGCACACUGCAUCAAUAUGUCUGACACUUUCAUUGGCUAUUUGGAGAUACAUCGCGAUAAAGUAUUCGGAUCGAAGUCACAUACUGUGCACGGAGCGGCGGUGUAGCAUCGCAAUACUCACGAGCUUCAUAUUGCCCCCGAUACUGUGCACGCCAACGUUUAUGGUCUUUGACAUUCAUACGAAGAACGUCACGAAUGCUGACGGAAAUCCUGACAUCGCAUACCAUGUCGAUUCAGACUAUCAGGGGACACUUUAUCAAGCCAACUUUUGGGUGCAUGGCGUCGUCAUCAAAUUGCUGCCCUGUUCAAUACUCACUGUCAUAAGUAUAUGGCUUAUCAAGGCUUUAUAUAAAGCAAAUCAGCAUCAAAAAAACUUAAGGAACUAUAGUGCCUGUCCGGCCGCAGAGAAAAUGGUGAAGAGACAGAACAAAGCUGAUAAAAGAACUGAUAGGACAACUAAAAUGUUAUUAGCUGUCCUUCUAUUGUUCCUGGUCACAGAGCUACCUCAAGGCAUACUGGGACUUAUGAGUGGCCUAUUAGGUUGGUGUUUCUUCAAACGUUGCUACGAUUUAUUUGGAGAGUUAAUGGAUUUUCUGGCGCUACUGAAUGGAGCGAUAAAUUUUAUAUUAUACUGCACGAUGUCGCGGCAAUUCCGGCAGACCUUCAGGCAGAUGUUGCUGCAACCGCCAUUGGCACGUUUCCUGCCGCCGACCGCCUCCCACUCCGAGUCCCACAAUCAAAACACCAUGAAGACUUCUAUACCUUGAGGGCGGAUGAAACAGCGAAAUGCUCCUGUGAUUUGUGAACAUUUCCUAUAGCAGCGUGCACAGUUCAGUGCGCAGAAGUGAUCUCUCGAUAGUGCGGAAUAAAAGUUAAAUUGAACGUGAACCAAUAAAAAGGAAAACUGUUCGUGGGAAUAAUUCGUAAGCUCUUAAAAUGCUCUUGAAAAAAGAACAAUUGAAAUGCAUUUGUGAAACUUGUUGAAUAUCAUUUCGAUUUCAUUGUGCAUUCUUUGUGGAUCGUGAAAAAUUUAGAUUUGAUGAGAUAUCUUUUAAAAUAGAAUAAGUGUUAAAAUUACUGUGAAAACUGUAUUGAAUAAUUUAUGCACUAAGUAUGAUAUAUGACAUUUUAAAUAAACCAAAAAAAAAUAUUAUACAUGUCAUAGUAAUGUUGUAGAUUUGAGAUUUUGUAUGCAUAAAAGAUUUAGCAAAACAAAUUUUCAAAAAAUGUAGUCAUUAGAUAUCGAUAAAUAGGGGGAAGUAUUUAGUUCCAUUUGUAAAAUAAUUCCGCUAGUAAAUAUUGAGAUUUAAUAAGAUUAGAUUUGUGCGCUGAGAAAUUGUUUCGGAGGAACUCAUCACCUCUGAUUUUUUGGUUCCCCAUUAGAGAAGAGUUUACUACUUGGAAACUGUGCUUACACCACAGUUCGUCUCUAGAUAGCUUUUUUUCCACGCACAAUCCGGCUUUGGAAUAAACUCCCUCCACGGUGUUUCUCGAGCACCAUGCUAUAUUCUUCUUCAAAUAACGUUUGAAAUUUUUUUUCAGUAUCAGGUAAUGGCUCAGCUAGCCCCUUGGUAUCGCUGAUAUGCAUAAGCCUCAUUAACUAAUCAGCAUGAGGUGAUGUGGUCACCGUGAAGUAUACAUCUGCCUAUAAAUGCAAUAAAAAUAGGAGGACAUUUGGAGGCUUUGAUUAAAUAACCUCCUUUGAUAGACCCUUCCAUAGACUAAUCCGAUGAAAUAUGUAUAUAUUAUUAUAAUAAUGAUAAUAACGAAUAGAUUAGAUUAUAAAAAAGCUUAGGUGAACAGAUUAGCUGUAUUUUCUUUUUAAAUAUUUACUGGAGUAAAUGAUAAGCACAAAUAAAUCAUUGUCAUUUGUACAUAGUAUUGAUAGAACUCAUAUAAUGGAGCCACAUUUUAGCUGGUACCGUUGACUGAUUUGCAGCAAAAUAAGGGCUUUUACAGAUGCAGUUUUUGAAGUCCUAGGCUACCCCGCUGGUACAUAGGGCCCUCAAAAGUUGUCCCCACUUGACCCUGUCUUGCGCUUGCUCCUUGACUUUACUGCAGGUUCACUUAAACAUAGAUACCAUACCGUACCAUAACAUAGAUACCACACCAUAACAUAGAUACCAUACCAUAUAACAUAGAUUAUAUAUAUCAAAAAAUUUAGCAAUGUGUUCCUGUCUUGUUGAACUUCUUUUAUGAUGAGGUAAUAACGGAUGACAAAAAUCAAGCACAGUUAACAUUUUUCCGUAAAUAUGGGUGGUAUGUCAAGCAAUGAGGGUGCAAGGAUACGAUACCGUGAGGACUUUAAUUUCAUAUUGUACUGUAUCAUCAGUAAUCAUUAGUAGUAGUUUCAUGCCAAUAGGAUAUAGUUUCCUCCUACUUGCGUCGUAUUCCUCAAUGCUGAAGGUCGUGAUUACCAUUCUGCAUCACUAUCUCUCGCACGAUCUUUUUCCAUAUGUUUUUGUCUCUAACGGAUAUAGUUUAGAUAAAGCCAAAUUUGUAUACGACGCGACGUACUAUAUUUAAAAUAUGUAGGUUAUUGAAUUUAUUGUAUUGUAGUUUGUUUUACAUCUUGCUGUAUUCAGCUUUACCGAAGACUUCACAAUAUCAUGGCUCGUAUUGCGAUGUGAUGAAAUAAGGUUCAUAGUGUUAUAGAAUAGCAGCAUUCUGCCAAAUUUUGUCGUAGUUAUAUCGGUUCUUGAUGUUCUUGUCUACAUCAAUUAAUUGUCGUCUGUCCAUGUACUUUAAGUAAGGAAACUUUAAGAGUGCAUCGUAAGUUGCAUUAUGAGUUCGUUUUUAAAUAGCGUUUAAAAUAAUUUAAAGUAUUGCCAUCAUAACCUGUAUCAAGUAUUGAGUUCCAUAUUCUACACAGAUCGUCUUUUCGCAUUAAAAGUGUACAAUUUCCAAAAAUAUUCGAAAUUGAGAUAAUAUGCGGAAUCAUUUGGCAUCACCAGUAUUUUUCUCAUAAAUACUGUCAAAAGAGCGUAGUUUAGUUUUUUUUUAUUAUUAUUAUUUUAUGUAUAUUUUUACUACUACUAACAACAUUAAUACAUAAUUUUAUCUUACUUUAAAAGACAGUUAAUGUAACUGUUAAAAAAUAAAAAUUAAAUGCUGCAAAGAUGAUUCAUAUUAAAAAUAUCACAUAUAAACCUUUAAAACACUCUCCUGUAAAAUUCGUAACUUUUGAGAUUAUACAGUUUUAAUGCGAGAAGACGAGAUUAUGUCCGUGUAAUUUUUUAAUGGUAAUUAAUUUAUUAUUUGUCAUCUAUCUUAUUUUAAAUUGUACAAAACAAAUUAAAAUUAUGCUUUUGAUGUAA